GUUGCUUGUCAAUGAGCUACUGCUGUUAAACGGUGAUAUUUGCAGUGAAGAUCGCGACUCCUGGAAAGUGAAAUUCCAGCCUGUAGAGAGAUAAAAAGCUUUUGCUCUGAAUCCUAGGACAUAAAAGACUGUUCGCAUUUGGGAUGCAUUGUAGUAUUAGUCUAUAUUAUGCAACAGUGUCUAGUUCAAUCCCACAUGACAUGGUUUUAAAUAAGAGUAAGGAAUCAAUAAAUUGAAGAUCAUCAUGCAUUUAAGCACAAAAUAUUUUCUUCAGAUCAUGAAGGACACUGUUGGACACUGCAUAGACUCCAAAUGUUCUCCCACUUUAAGACUUUAUAGUCAAACAAAGUCACAAAUAUUUUUCCACACAAAGAACUUUAGAAAUGCCUGCAUUGUUCCGAGUUCCCAAGGUGGUGUUCAGCCAUGGAGGCAAUUUUCUUACAAGGAUCUGCUGAAGUCAGAGCAGAAACACUUUAGUGCUUUUAAAUCAAAUUAUACAGAAAAGACAGAGAGACUGAAGCAAAGACUGGAAGCUCAUUAUGAGAAGUAUUCAUCUAAUCUGGGCAGCUUGGUGAUUAAGAUUGGAGAGUAUGUUUACUUUGAAGAAAAUGGCUGCAUAUGCCGUUCAAGGCUGGAAGAAGCAGAUGAAGGAAAUAUUGAAGUGUUAUUUAACAUGGAAGAUCUACCCUUUUGUGAUUUUCUUAUCCAGCGCAUCCGAAUUUCCCCAGAUCACAGAUACAUUGCAGUUGGUAUUAAAAGUGCAAAUUCUGAAGAUUCUGCUUCUAUCAUUGUGAAACUAAGUACACAGCCAGUAAUAGAACGUAUUAUCCCAAAUGUAUUUAGCUUUGAAUGGGCUACCAAUGAUAUUCUAUUUUAUACCAUCCAGAAGAACCUUCGGUGUCAUGAAGUAUAUUUCUAUGAUUUCAGUAAAAAACUUUCUGAGCUUGUUUAUACUGAACAAGAUGCAAGAUAUUUUGUGGAUCUCUACUGCACAAAGGACAAGCGCUUUCUGACUAUAAAUAGUAAUAGCAAGACUACCUCUGAAGUGUGGCUAAUUGACUGUCACCACCCCUUUAAGCCUCCUGUAAUUGUGCAACAACGAACAAAAGGGGUCAUUUACCAUGUUGAGCACAGAAACAAUUAUUUGUACAUUCUUACUACAGAUGGGGACCCAAUGGGAUACAAGCUGAUAAAGGCUCCAGUUGGUUCAUGUAGCUUGAAGAAUUCGCCAUCCUCCAUAUACAUAAUAAAAGAAAAGGCAAAACUAAUUGAAUUGGAGUUGUUCAAAGACCACUGUGUUAUGUUUCUUAAGUGCCACGGACACCUCUGCAUAGAUAAUAUUUCUCUUGUAUCAAACUCUGUUCACAGUGUUAAGCUACCUGCUUGGGCCUGUUCAUUGGAAUUGGAGCCUCAUCCUGAGUACACCAGCAGCACUUGCUAUUUUUGGCUUGCCUCUCCAGUUCAACCUCCAAUACGUUUUGCAUAUUCAUUGGUAGAAAACAAGCUUAUUGAGCUAACUGAACAAGAGAUGCCCAUUGCAGUGAACUGUCAUGCUGUACGUUUAGAAGCUAAGAGCAAGGAUGAAAUUUGGGUGCCAAUUACGGUUUUUCAUAAAGCUAAUUCUGUGGAGCUACACAGGAAACCACUUCUGAUUCAUGUAUAUGGAGCUUAUGGCACAGAUGUGAACAUGAGCUUUAAGCCAGAAAAUCUAAUGUUAAUCGAGGAUGGGUGGAUGUUAGCAUACUGUCAUGUUAGGGGUGGAGGAGAGUUAGGCCUAGCGUGGCAUAAAGAUGGAUGUACUACUAAGAAGCAUAAUGGUAUCCAUGACCUCAAGGCAUGUAUAAACUUGUUGCACAAACUGGGGUUUUCUUGUCCCAUGUAUACAGCUUUGGCAAGUCUGAGUGCUGGAGGAGUUCUUGCAGGUGCUCUGUACAACAGUGAUCCUCACCUUAUCAGAGCAAUGGUUUUACAGUCUCCUUUUCUGGAUGUUUUAAAUACAAUGUUGGACCCUCAUCUCCCCCUAACCAUUGAAGAGCAAGAAGAAUGGGGAAAUCCACUGGUUGAUGAAAAUUGCAAGGAAUAUAUUAAAAGCUACUGCCCCUAUCAGAAUAUAAGACCACAGCAUUAUCCUUCUGUUUUCAUCACAGUCUCUGAAAAUGAUCAACGAGUACCUUUGGCAGGGUUGUUAAGGUACAUCUGUAAACUUAGAAAAGCUGUAAGAGAUUAUGCCGAAGCCAAAACCACAGAUGAGAAAGGUCUUCAGAUGCCUAGUGUUAUUUUAGAUGUGCAACCAGGAGGCAGUCAUUGUGCUUCUUCUUGGGAAGAUUCUUUAAAUCAGGUUGCAGUUCAGCUAACUUUUCUCUACAAUGAGCUUGGACUUGACACACAAAAAUGAUUCAUCAAAGCUCAAGUUUGUGACUCAAGUGAUAGAACAGCCUUGACUGAACGGGAAGCUACCAAGUAAUUAUUGCAGCAUUAGAUGGAAUCUUUCAGAGUAAUGUCUGCUAAUGUGUAAUUUAUCAGAUUCUUUGGAAACAAAUGACUCCUCCAAACUUAUUUUUACAAAAUAAAAUAAUUAAUGUUUAGUACAACAA